AUGGCGUCGCCGGAUCAGUACGCGGGCGUACAGAAACGUAUGCGGAAGGGGACAAAGAGCUGUCUACCAUGUAAGGCUGCAUAUGAUGUCGUGGGACCUGUCCACCGCUGGAUAUCGUUUGCUGAUCGAUUCGAGCCGUUAGGUCGAAAAAGGAAGAUUCGUUGCUCUGGAACGGACCAAAACAGCUCUUCUUGUAGGGAAUGUAUAUCACGCGGAGUCGACUGUACUGCGCAAGGAAUUCUAUCAGAAGAUGCGUCAGUGGAAAAUCAACGACUGAAAGCCUACAUACGUGAACUUGAAUCCCGACUGGAGAACCAAUCUCCCACGUCGUCUCCCGAUGAUAUCAACCACAACGCCCUUGACAGACUUCUUGCGGAUGUCAAUACACCUGCUCAUCGGAGUGAAGCUUCACAUUCGGGACAUUCGAACCUUGUGGUUAAUCAACCAGAGGAAGACCUAGGAUCAGCCUGCGCGCCGCUCGUGCGCUUGCUUAACAAUCCCGCGCUUGGAACGACUCUCUACCCGUCGCAAGAAGAGAAAGAUGGCCAGGUGUUGGACAAUCACCGAGAGAGAAUCUCAAGAUCAGUCUCUUCGGAACGCCAGGACGCCGUACGAGAUCUUUGUGCGUCCCUUCCACCCAAGGCCGAAUUCGACGACAUUCUCGACAACCAGAGCUCUUGGUGGCCUCUCUAUCGAGACACGCUUGGCUUGGUCUGGGGUGAGGAGGAGUGCGAAUCUCUUCGAGCAUUCGCCUUGCAAGGACUCAAAGCUAAGCAUCCAUCGUUGCUGGGGAUACUCUUGACAAGUCUGGCCAUCAGCACGGGCGACUUACAAAGAUAUCUGCCCGCAGUCGAGAGACGAAUCGUCAACGUGGACGAAUAUGCUGGGUGUGAAUAUGGUCUGGGCUGCUUGAUGGCAUUGGGACUGUGUUACAUUAGCUCCCUACAACCCAGGCGCGCAUGGACAAUCUACAGACGAGCGAAUGCUCUCCUUCAACUGAAUGGCUUGCACGUACGUCGAAAGUCGGAGAAACAUGAGUCUUUGUUCUGGCAGCUGUUCCAUGCUGAUCGAUGGGUUUCGUUGAUGAUUGGCUUGCCGUAUUGCAUCUCGGAAGAAUUCUGCGAUGUCAGGGUCCAAUCUAUGGAUUCUAUCUCUCCCGGGACAUGGCUAUAUCGUCAGCUCGGAUUGUUGACAGGCUCGGUCAUCGACUGCUUACAGAAUGUGAAGGGCCCUAACUGGGCUGCAGUCCUGCAAGUCGAAGAGGAUAUGGAUAACAUCAAAGCACAGCUGCCCGCCAAAUAUCUCGACCUGGACGAUAUUCGGACAUGUACAGAUCUGAGUGACAAGUACACUCGACUGUAUCGUCUGAUCCAUUUCCAUCAGCUCAGAGCUCACGUUCACCUACCAUUUCUACUACGAUCCGCCAACCAAGAACGGUACAGAUGGAAUCGCGACAGCUGCAUUGACGACUGCCGGCGUCUGUUAGAAGGGUUUCUGGAGGUAUUCGACACCGACCCUUCGGUCGCUGCCUUUGGUACGGUCCUGAACUUUACCGCUUUUGUGGCGGCUGUGAUCGUCCUGAUGGGCGUGGCCUGUUAUCAGAAAGCUCCUCAAGCCAAUGCGGACAGCGAUUGGCGGAUGCUGUAUCGUGUUCUGGAUGCAAUCAAGCACGGUGGAACGACCAAUGCUGCUGGCCUUAUAUGUCGGAAGUGUUAUGCUGCCUUGGAGCAGCUAGUAUCGAGUGCUCACUUCACGGACCAGAGUGAGAUCCCAAAGCGAGUGGUCUUGCCAUAUUUUGGAACGCUCCUCAUCACCAAGCCUGUCUCCCAAUCGACAACACCGGACCAAGCCACCGAUGAUGCGAAUCAACGCCCAGAACCUCUCCAGGUGACGGAGAGUCAAAACAAUUGGAUGGAGAAUCCACAAAUGUCGGCUGCUCCAAGCAUGCCUAUCAAUGUCAGCAUGGACGGUCUAGCGAUGAGCACAAAUCCUAUGUAUACCGGCCAGAAUCCGGGGCCUGCGAUGUCGUUCGCAUACAACGGUCCCUUUCUGCCCCAAGGCGAUCCGUCGGGUUAUGGAUCAUUACCUGUAACUGGCUCCGGCUUUGGCUGGUUCGAUGAUUUUGAUAUGGGCGCUGACUGGAGUUGGCUGACCGCUGACUUGCCGCCGAUCGUUGGGAAUUGA